AUGGAUUCAAUGGCAUCUAACAACCCCCAACAAGCAGAGCCCAUCACUUUCGACAACAUCCAAAAAUGUUUUGUGAACCGAUUCGGGGAGGAGGGUGAUGAUACCGACCAGAACAUCUAUGACUCUUUUGUACCCCGAGAGGCUAUUUUGUCAUUGACUGAGAGUGACCGGGUGAGACUCACAUUGGAUAACGCGCUAAAUAGACCUCAAGACGUUCAGAAAUUGACCCAGUACGUCGUGAGCAGCGCUGGGCGAGUGUUCCUAACCCUUAUUUACUCCGACGCUAUCGAGUACAUCCGGGACCUUCAAAAAGCCGGCUUCACCGACAACGACCUUCCAGUGUACACGAAGCCGUCCCGAGAUCACUCCAGGGUAUUAAUUCACAGGUGGCGCGUCAACGACACUUCGCCGUACGCAGACAAGAAACACCUGCCCUGCUUCCUGAACUGGUCUGGAGCCAAACUUGAGUUCUUCUUUCACAACCAAUGGAUUUUCCUCGCCCCAGUUUUCUCGCAGAACAAGCUCGCCCAUGUGUUUUAUCAGAAGUCUCGGCUCCCUUACGUGCCCACACAGGGCUCUGAUACCUCCUCGAACGCGGGGUACUUUGGGAUGAUCAGCAAGCGCGGCCUCCACAAUGAACAUCAUGAGUAUCAGAGUCUGUCUAAAGACCAAGAGACGGACCAAGAGACUGAGCGACAUAUCCAAGUUGCUGUGAAGACGUUGACCAUCCAAGGCUCGGAGGCCACUGAUGUCGACAAGUUCUACACCAAAGAACGGGUCACGCUUGAGGAGAUGAGGAAUCUGAAUCAUUCCCAUCUGAUCAAAGCGGUUGCCGCAUACAGAAAGGGAGAUUCUAGGUGCUUCGUGUUCCCGUGGGCACAGGAGGGCAGUCUUUGGGACUUUUGGCAAAAACACUCAGCCAGUCUUAAUAAAGACCUUGUCUCUUGGGCUAUUGGGCAGAUGGUGGGCCUCUCUGAAGGCCUCAAGCUGCUACAUCAGGAGCACAUUCGCCAUGGCGACCUCAAGCCAAACAACAUACUUUGCUUCGUUUCCGGCAAUGAGAGGACUCUGGUGCUUGCCGACGUUGGUCUCGCAAAAUAUCACCCUGACUAUACCCGAGACCGGACCAAAGCUACGACCACUCGACACGGAAGCAGGAUCUAUGAGCCGCCAGAAAUGUCUCCUGACCGAGAGAAGAUUGCGGUCUCACGGAAGUAUGACGUGUGGAGCCUAGGAUGCGUCUUCCUGGAGUUCACCAUUUGGUUGCUCUAUGGUCGAAGCGGCCUUGCCUCGUUCAGGGGCACACUCUUCCAAGAGCACAAGGACGACGGAUUCUGGAAGAACGACCCUUUUCAAAAGCCUCAAAUACACCAAGUUGUUAGGGAUUGGAUCGACAAGAUACUGACCGAUGACCUCAAAGGUCAUUCAGCGCUCCGGGAUAUGGUCAGAUUGAUCUUCGAACGGCUUCUCGUCCCGGAGGUAGAUGAACGCACGACUACCAUGGACUUGUUGCCUGAACUCAAAAAGAUCCAGAGUCAAUGCUCAGAGAACCAUCAAUACCUGUUCAAUCCUGAGCUUGAGAAACUGGCGAAGCUCAUGAGCGCGUCGGACGUCAAGGCAGAGAAAACUAUGCCACAUCCUUCCAAAGAAUACGUAAGUCGCACGAGUUUGCUUUAUGACCAGUGGAGCAACAUAACAGAUAGCGAAAGUGUGCGCACCCUCAUCUCGCUUCUCGAUUGGCCUUCCUUACGCCCAACGACUGAUACGUCGAGACUUUGCGAUUCCUGCGCCGCGCUGGACUUUGAACUCCUUACCUUGGACUUACAUCGCAGGAUUGAAGAGUUGGAGAGCGGCCCGGACGAUUGCUCGCUCUGUCACCUCUUGUUCCGCUGUCUUUCAAGAGUCAAGCCCAAGCCUGAAGGGCCAGUGAAGCUGUUCCGAGACGAUACCUCACAUACAUUUCGAGUCAUUCCGAGUGCGACUCCCGUUAUUUCCAUAUACUCCGACCCGCUCUCUGGCGGCAAUGCUCCAUCAUACACCCAGCUCGGCCUACCGGUUCUUCCCGACAGCGCUAGCCCACAGCAAUUCAAGCUUAUCAAUGAAUGGAUACAUUUGUGCGAUACGUCUCACAACUGCGCCUCUGCUCAGGAACAGGAGGGGCACAUUGACAGCAUGCCUACAAGAGUCAUAUUUGUCGGUACAGUUGAGAACCCUUGCCUCCGACUUAUAGAGACUAGAAACAAUACCUGGGACAAGUAUAUUGCUUUGAGCCACUGUUGGGGAAAUCUCAAAAACGUGCAAAGAUUCAUUACAUCUGCUAGUAACUUUGACAGUCGCAAGGACGAAAUUCCGCUCGAUGAAAUGCCAAAAACCUUUCAAGAUGCAGUGAGAGUCACUCGUGCGCUUGGUGUUGCGUAUCUCUGGAUCGACUCCCUCUGUAUUAUUCAAGAAGAUGAAGAAGACUGGGAGGUCGAGUCUGCCAAGAUGCAAGAGGUUUUCAGCUCUGCAUAUUGCACCAUCGCUGCAAGUUCCGCUCGGUCCUCGUUGGAUGGGUUUCUCGGGGACAGAACCCCAAGGUCGUGCGCCACUAUCCAUACUUCUCAGGGGCCCGUAUUAUAUCUGGCCGAGGCAAUCGACGAUUUCCGGGGGCAUGUCGAGCAGAGCGUUCUGAAUAGUCGUGGUUGGGUGCUACAGGAAAGAGCGCUUUCUCGACGCACCAUACAUUUCACAUCGACCCAAACCUAUUGGGAAUGUGGGCAUGGUAUCUACUGCGAGACCCUAGCUCAGCUACGGAAUCCACACUCGCAGUUUCUCGGCGACCCUAGUUUCCCAAAUCUCGCGCUACAGUACUAUAAGGACGAGCGGAUUCGACUUGUGCAUCACUUAUAUCGGGUCUACUGUGCGCUUGAACUCACAAAUCCCACCGACCGAUCCAAGGCGAUUCUAGGUCUACAGAAACGGCUCUCCCAGACCUUCAAGUCUCGGGCAGAUUACGGGGUGAUCUGGGGCUACUUUGAGAGGACCCUUCUUUGGCAAGCUAAGACGCCGAAUAGCUUGUCCCGUAUACCUUACGGAGACAGGAGGGCUGUUCCCUCUUGGUCCUGGAUGGCGUGUUCAGGGGAUAUCCAGUACAUGGAUAUUCCCUUCCGCCAAGUCAGCUGGACGGGAAACCCUACGAACCCUAUUGACAGCGUAUCGGAAGGUGCGGAAUGGGACGGGCAGCUGGCCGCUGAAGCAAGCCAACUCUUGAUUGGUGGAGACGAUCUCCUGGGCAGAGCCGUCAUUGACUGCAACACGUUCACGUUUGACUCGACCGCUUGGCGAUGUAUUGUGGUUGGCAAGAGUAAACUAGCAGACGAGAAUGGCGACGUCGUUCGUUAUGUGAUGUUAGUCCGACCAUUGGGAGGAUUGGCUCAGGUCUAUGAAAGGGUUGGAGUUGGUAGACUUCUGGGCACACAUAUCUCGAGGGAAACCACAAGUGUGUAUCUCAGGUAG